GGAUAGAGCUAUCUAGUCCUACUAACCUGCAAAUCUGGACAUUAUACUAUGGAUCAAAACAUUCGAUAUUAAAAAUAUUUUGCCAUCUUGUCCCGAAGUUUAUUUGGCAUGGAAAGUGUUAAAAAGUGUUUAUAUUUACAAUGAAUGAGAAUUCCGACCAAAAGUUGAUUGAAGCUAAUAUAAACAACAUUAAAAAAGAUGAGGAACGUCUGAAACUGGCAAAACAAGCUAGUCUAAAAACUGAAGAUAAAUAUGGUGAUGAAAGCACAGAUAUCGAUGAUUUAUCAAAGUAUACUCACAUCGCAGAUGGUGUUAAAGUUUUAAACGAUACAUCUUCAAUAAAUCGCAAAGCUAUAUUUCAUGAUUUAGAUCGUAUCAAGCAUUGGCGUGAGUCAAUGGAAAAAACUUCUCCAGAGCCAACUAAAAUGUCAAGUCCUGUUGAUAACACAAUAACAGAAGAACCCAUUAUGGAUCAAAAUGUGGAUCUGAUUUUAAACAGUUUACCAGCAGUUGACCAGGGAACAUCACAUAAUGAGGAGGCUGCCGUGAAAAAAUUGGAUGAAUUACAACGGAAAUUAGAAAGAAAAUAUUCUUUACAGAAAGGGGAGUAUAAUUAGUAUAAAAGGGAAUAAUUUUGAAAAUUUUGACUUGUUUAAACAAUAAACAGAUACACAAUGUCAUGUAUUUAAUUUGUGUAGAUAGACUAUAUAAUAUACAUAUUAUUUUCAAAAAUCAUAUAAGUUCUCAUUUUAUUAAGAACAUUUGAUCUUUUCAUGUUUAUCUGCCACCAUGUUUCCUUUCCCACUUUGUAAAGUGAAAUUUAUCUUUUUGCAAUAUUUCUGUUGAAAGUUAAAAAAGUACCAAAAUGACGUCCAUAAAAUAACACAAGUCUUCUUAAACAUACACAACCACUUUAACCUGACUAAUAUGGAAUGAAAAUGUUUACCUUUCAAACCUUGCAGUUUUCCUCACCAUUUUUCAUUCAAUUUAUAAGGGACUCAAGCAAAUAAUAUUCUUAUUUGACUUUUUAGCAUCUUAAAAUUUCGGUUAUCAGGUUUCCAUUGUAACCAACUAGUUCUUUAAAUACAUAUUGUAAUUGAUGAAAAUUUAGAGGUGAUUGACAAACAGAAAUGUGUAAGCUGAACGUCAAUCCACAUACAUUUAAAUAUUUUUAUAUCAUAAAAUACUAAAUUUUCGGAAAAUAUUUUAAACUGAUUUGUUGCUACACGAUUUACAGGAACAUGCGAGAGUGUUUUUACAUGUUAUAUAAUAUCUUUUGAUUUGAUUUAGGGUAGAGGGUAAAAUCUUAACAUAUAAUUGACAUUUAGCUUACACUUCUCAUAUUGUAUAUACAUUGUGUAUUGAAACUUCUUUUGUGGUAGUCUUCUGCUUGUGUAGUUUUAAUUUCGUUAAUAAUUGUGUUUACAUAAGUUUUUUGCAAUUAUUUUUUCGAAUUUGGUCUGAUUUUACAGUGUAUUUCUAUCAGAUUUGUUAAAUUAUGAUCUUUCUUUGAUAAACUAAUGUACAUAGAUACAAUUUGAUAAUAUUUGCUAAAAAUUUAUAUUUGUAAAUGUGUAUAACACAAGUCUUAAGAGUUGAUUUUGUUUUCUGUCAAAACAAAAGUUUUUGGUAAGGCUAAAGAGCUAGCUGACAUCGUUAUGAUCGCACAAUCUAGACAGUUUUAUGCUUAAACGAGUGUAAGUAGGCAAUUUCCCUCUCUCUGAUAAAGAAGUAUAUAGUUUUUUUC